UAAGAGCUCCCUUUCACUGUCAAAUUUCCGGUGGGGGAUAAAUUACAGUGUCGUUUUGGUUUGAGAGAGGAAGGAGUGGGGAGGAGAGAGAUGAGGCGGUAAGGGGCGUUCUCUCUCUUGGUUCCCGCGCCCAACUUCCGCUGGCCUAUAGAAACUAUAAUUUUGAACCAACAGAACUCUGCUGGCUUGUGCGAUUGCAUUUUUCCUCUUUUAACAGCGGCUGUGCUAAACGAAGUGGUGAAGCCCAAGUAUGGAGCAACGUCAUUAAUUCUUUCAUUCACUUAUUCGAAUACUUGCUGAGCUCUGUGUUGCUACUGGUUUAGUUCUUGGGAUACUGCGAGUGAACAGUGGGCAACGAGGCUGUUGUUGCAACAGACUUACUUUUGACCCCGCUGUAAGACUCUGAGAAAUUACGUAGUCUUUCCUGAAACCACUAAGAGGAAAAAUGUCUGUGACAUUGCAUACAGAUGUAGGUGAUAUUAAAAUUGAAGUCUUUUGUGAGAGGACACCCAAAACAUGUGAGAAUUUCUUGGCUCUUUGUGCCAGUAACUACUACAAUGGCUGUAUAUUUCAUAGAAAUAUCAAGGGUUUCAUGGUUCAAACAGGAGAUCCAACAGGUACUGGAAGAGGAGGUAACAGUAUCUGGGGCAAGAAGUUUGAGGAUGAAUACAGUGAAUAUCUUAAGCACAGUGUUAGAGGUGUUGUAUCUAUGGCUAAUAAUGGCCCAAACACUAAUGGAUCUCAAUUCUUCAUCACCUAUGGCAAACAGCCACAUUUGGACAUGAAAUACACGGUAUUUGGGAAGGUAAUAGAUGGUCUGGAAACUCUAGAUGAGUUGGAGAAGUUGCCGGUAAAUGAGAAGACAUAUCGACCUCUUAAUGAUGUACACAUUAAGGACAUAACUAUUCAUGCCAACCCAUUUGCUCAGUAGCUGUAAUAGACCUGGACACGUAACUUGACAAACUGCUGGAACAAACUUACUGUGGUUUACCCGGUUUUAAUUAUGUCAGAGAUUGCAUCAUCCUUCUGCUUGUUCACAACUAUGAUCUUCUAUGAAAUGGUGGUACCAACGGGCACCCAACAGCUUUUAUCUCCAUUCUUAGAGCAUAGUCUUUACUAUGAUUACCCAAAAUAUUUUAGUUUUAAUACAGAAAAUAUAUUGUUUAAUUUUUA